AUGGCGAUAGUUGGCAGUCAGUUCUGGCAGCAGCUCUGCCAGGAACACGGCAUCAGUCAAGACGGCAACCUAGAGGACUUUGCGACCGAGGGCGGCGACCGCAAGGACGUGUUUUACUACCAGAGCGACGACACGCGAUACAUUCCCCGCGCGAUCCUGAUUGAUCUCGAGCCGAGGGUCAUCAACGGCAUCCAGACGGGUCCGUACCGCAACAUUUACAAUCCCGAAAACUUUUACAUUGGAAAGAAUGGUGUGGGCGCGGCGAACAACUGGGGCGACGGCUACCAGAGCGGCAACGAGGUGUACGAGGAGAUUUUGGAAAUGAUUGACCGUGAGGCGGACGGCAGCGACUCUCUAGAGGUUAAUCCUUUUCCGCCCCACGGGAACUCCCCCCCGGCUUGGAAUCACAGAGAUGCUAACUGGGAACCCCAGGGCUUCAUGAUGCUGCACUCGAUUGCGGGCGGCACGGGCUCCGGCCUGGGCUCGUUUUUGCUCGAGCGCCUCAACGACCAGUUUCCGAAAAAGAUUAUCCAGACGUACUCUGUAUUUCCGGAUACGACAAACUCGGGCGAUGUGGUGGUGCACCCGUACAAUAGCAUCCUGUCGAUGCGGCGGCUGACGCAAAACGCCGACUCGGUCGUGGUGCUCGACAAUGGCGCGCUGGCGCGCAUCGCGGCGGACCGUCUGCACGUCGAGAAGCCAUCUUUCCAGCAGACCAACCAACUCGUCUCCACCGUCAUGUCGGCGAGCACAACGACGCUCCGGUACCCCGGGUACAUGCACAACGACUUGGUGAGCAUCCUGGCAUCGCUGAUUCCGACGCCGCGGUGCCACUUUCUCAUGACGGCCUACACGCCCUUUACCGGGGACCAGGUGGAGCAGGCCAAAACGGUGCGCAAGACGACGGUGCUCGACGUGAUGCGGCGGCUGCUGCAGCCGAAAAACCGCAUGGUAUCGACGGUGCCGGCCAAGAAAAGCUGCUACAUUUCGAUUUUGAAUGUCAUUCAGGGCGAAGUCGACCCGACCGACGUGCACAAGAGCCUGCUACGCAUCCGGGAGCGCAAGCUCGCCACCUUUAUCCCCUGGGGGCCGGCGAGCAUACAGGUCGCUCUGACCAAGAGGAGCCCGUACAUUCCGAUGAGCCACCGCGUGAGCGGUCUGAUGCUGGCCAACCAUACGUCCAUAGCUACGCUGUUCAAACGUAUCGUCAAACAAUAUGACGGCAUGCGCAAGCGCAACGCCUUCAUGGAGGGAUACAAGAAGACGGCGCCGUUUUCGGAAAAUUUAAACGAAUUUGACGAGGCGCGCCAGGUGGUGGGCGACUUGAUUGCCGAGUACGAGGCGGCUGAGAACGAGGACUACCUCAAGGGGGACACGGCGGAGCCGACGAGUGCGGACAAUGACCGGCGAAUGACUUGA